AUGAACAACACCACGACUCCCUCCGACCCCAUCACCCCUGACCCCCCUGGGUUAGACUGGCAGAAGAUAGCCCUGGGGGUCGUGCUCUACAUCCUGGUUCUGGUGACUUUCUUUGGGAACCUGCUGGUUCUGCUGGCAGUCUACAAGGAGAGGGCGCUCCAGACGGCCUUCAACUUCCUCAUCGUCAACCUCGCUGUCACGGACAUGGGGGUGGCGGCCACGGCAAUGUCCUUCUAUGCGACAGACAUGAUGCUGGGCUACUGGCCGUUUGGACGCGUCAUGUGCACCAUCUGGAUCUUCUGCGACUACGGCAUGACCUUCGCCUCGGUCUUCUCUCUAGUGGCCAUCUCUGCAGACAGGAUCUUGAUGCUGUGCCUGUGGGUGCCGGGCCUGACCCUGGACAGGAUCCACCACAUCCAGCCCCCGGGUACCUGCAUGUGGGACCCCGCGGAAAACCGUGAGUUUGUGGUGGUCAUCGCCAUUGUCGGCCACCACGGGCCCUGCUUCACCAUGCUCUUCUUCUACGUCGGCGUCUUCUUUUGUUUGAAGACCAGGGUCAAGGUGAAACCGAUAACACAGAACUCCAAGGUGUGGCCAGCACCACAGAACAACAACGAACAACUCAAAUUCGCAGACGCUAUGGAAUCUUCUGCAGAAUUCCCUGCAACAUCUGCAACAGCACACUCCUCUGAUGUUCUUUUGAUGCCCAUGGUUUCUGCCAUGGUUAGGGUCUCCAGAAAUUUAAGUAAACUCAUGGAUGUCCUGCUGACUCAUGUCCUGAAAUUAUAA